AUGAGUGGGUUCAAAAGGUCAGACUUGGAAGCCAUGACUGUUGAACAGCUGAGUCAAAUGCUGGAAGACUUACUCCCCCCUCUGUGAGUGAACAAAAAAUUUUGCUCACUAACGGAGGGGUUAAUUUUUUUUUUUUAAAAAAAAUUUAUAUAUAAAUUUUAUAAAAAAAAAUUUUUUUUUAGAGAAAUUUAAAAAAAAUCCUAAUUCGCAAAAAUUGGAAAGCAAAUAUUAAUUUAAUUUAUAAAAUUUAUGUUUUAAAAAGCAAUUCGUUUAAAAUUAAACAGAAUUAGCUCUAGAUUUCAUUAUUCUAAUUAUCAUUUAUAUAUCAAAAUUUUUUUCCAUAAAAAAUUUUUGUUCACGGAGGGUGGGUUUUUGGGCAAAAAAUAGCGAUUUUUCUAAUGGUUUUGUUCACUCACGGAGGGGGGGGAGUUAGAAAAAGACAACGAGACCAUACGAAGGGAAAACAAGCUCUUCGAAAGCUACAUAAACAACAACAAGAAAAACGAACCCAUUGAAACUGAAGAAGAAACCAAAGAAGUCGACAAAAGCAGGAAGCGCCGAAAAGGCGGCCAGCAGCAGAUACAAGAGGUCCGCACCUUAUCGCUUCAGGAGAAGUAUGACAUUGCAACUGGAGAGCUGGAAGAACUUAAGAAGAAAAUCCAAGAAGGCCAAAAGAAAAGUGAAGAACUGCUGGAGUGGCUGAAAGCGGUGCUUGAUGAAAUUGAUAUGAAUAUUGCAGAAAUUAAGCGAGAAGCCCAUGAGUUCAAGCGUGAUAUAGUCUUGGGCUCUGAAAAUUCAAGAACUGGGAAAAUCGUCGCAGAAAGACUUAUAAAGUAUAUUGAAGAAAAACUCAGACAAAAAGAUAUGCUUAUUGAAAAAUUCCAGCUUCAGAAUCAGCAGCUUGAUAGGAAUAUUAAGAAAGAAAAAGCAAAAAUCGCGAAAAAAGAGCAGGCAAGUGAUGAUUUACAGUUUAUUGACUUCCAUCAGCUUCAAAUAGAAAAUAAAAAGCUUGUGAGAGAUAUUGAUGACAGAAAUAAACAACUGCUAUCUUUGAAGGUCACUUCUGGAAAAUGCACGCUGAGACUAACCAAUGUAAAAGAAACUUUGCAAAGGGAAGAAAAAAAGCUUGAGAUGCUGAAACAAGAAAUAACUGACGCUGACUCACAGAUUAAAGUCAACACGAAAAGUAUCCAAAAAGUGAAAAAGACAGUGAAAUUUAUUGGAGAAAAGCAGAGAAAAUUGCAGUUACAGAAAAAUGAUCUGGAUAGUCUUCCAAGUGUGUCUGAUUAUAUAGACUUGAAAGGGGAAGAAGACAAAUUGCUGCUGCAGGUAAAGACUUUGGAAAGAAAAAUAGCUAUCGCAAAGCCAAAUUAUGAAAAAGCUAUGAAAAAAAUAGAAAUAGGUCAGGCUAAUUCUUAA